GUCAUACAGGCCUGUGCUUGCAAGAAUUUUACUCACUAAUUUUGGAUGUUAUAAACAAUGGGAGGAAAGGUAGCUAUAGUUACAGGCAGCAGCUCGGGAGUUGGUGAAGCAAUCGCCAUACAUCUAGCGUCAUUGGGAUACCGUCUGACAGUCGCCGGCAGAAAUGCGGAAAAUCUGCUAAAAGUAGUGAACAAAUGCAAAGAACAAGGCUUAGCAGAUAAAGAGAUUCUGUCUAUGACUGGUGAUGUGAACGAUGUAGAAUUCCUGAAGAAGAUGGCAAACGAUACAAAUGAAUACUUCAAUAGGGUAGAUCUUCUGGUUAACAACGCCGGAGUUGGAUGUAUGAAGCAUCUGUCUGAAACUACGGUAGAGGACUACGAUCUUGUCAUGUCAACCAAUCUCAGAUCGGCAUUCUUUGCAUCACAGGCAGCCUUACCGUUUCUCAAAGAAUCAAAAGGUAGUGUAGUGAACGUGUCAUCUUGUGGAAGCUUACAACCUUCUAAAUUAUGCGUUUACACGAUGUCAAAAGCUGGUAUGGACCAACUGACUUUGAACACAGCAAAAGCAUUUGCCGAAUAUGGAAUAAGAGUAAAUUCAGUAAAUCCCGGAGUUAUGGUCACUAAUUUAUUCAAUGCCGCUGAUUUUAGUCAUAACAAGGUUAUGGAUAUGGUAAAAUGGAUGCACGCACUUCAAAAUCGACCUGUAAAAUUAGACGAAGUUGCUACAGCAGUUGCAUUUUUAGCCUCCGAACAAGCAGCAAUGAUUACUGGUUGCAUUUUGCCGAUAGAUGGCGGUUUCCAUUUAGGAAAGUAGCUUUUGUUUUUAAGAGU